GUAAAAUGAGAAAACAACCUUUGUCACAUAUGAGUUUACUAGUUCAACUUUGCCCCUUGUGUGUUGAUGUCACUGAUAUAUUCCAGCUGAAGAGGUUUAAGGUCAGCUGUUAGUCCAUGAAAACUCAAAACAGGGAGAACAUUGAUUAUCAGAGUGCAAUCAGACGGCAAAUCGGUCCAAAGUACAUUGACGUGAAAUACCAACAGACUGAAAGAGACGGCAGAGGUUUGACACAGGGAGGACAGGACAGGACAAGUGAACAAGAAGAGAACAUUUGAGGAUUAUAUGGGAGGGAAGGCAUAAAAAAGCAGAACUGCAAAGACUGAAGAAAACAGAAGCUGUCUAGGAGGACCAGUUCAUCCAACUGAGACACUGAGACACCUGCUGGAGCCCACGUUAGUGCUGACUCUGAGACCAUGGACAUCCUUGAGACAGAUGCCUAUGACAAACGGCAGAGGAGAAACAUGUCCUGUGCUCUCUUUUUUUCUCUCUUGCCGUUCUUUUUGUCCACAGCAGUGUAUUUCUACCUGUGGACUCCUGACUUGCCUGCAUCCAUCACGUCCGCAGGUGUCAAAUCAGCACCAACACUCCUAUUGGCUGCAGUAGUGCUGAGCUGGAAUGGAGGUCACAGUGUUCUGGGUGUGGCUGGAGGAUUGGUUUUCUCUGCCAUAGGUGACUGCUGCCUGGUAUGGCCUGAACUUUUUGUGCAAGGAAUGGGCGCCUUUGCUGUAGCUCAUCUGCUGUACUCAAUCACCUUCCUCUCCAGUCGUUAUGCAGCAUAUCCCUCUUCCUCUGCAAUUCGUUUUCUGUAUCUGAUCCUGUUCAUGCUGGGAGGAGGUUUUUACAUCUACCUAUAUCCGUUCUUGAAGAAGGAGCCAAACUCAGAUCUUCUAAUUCCAGGUGUGGGAAUCUACAUUGUCUUAAUUUCACUAAUGGGGACAUUAGCCAUCAGGACCCGCAACAUGCUAACGCUGUUAGGAGGUCUGUCGUUUAUAGUGUCUGACAUGUCACUGGCUAUGCAGGUUUUCAAGGUUACAGCACCAAUGAAGUAUGGUAACAUUAUUGUCAUGGUGACAUAUUAUUUGGCACAGCUACUAAUAGCUGUGGGCGAUGUGAAAGCAGUGGAUAAUAAGGAUGACUUUGCAAAAUGGAAGAGGUCCUAAACAGCAUUCCUGUGGCUUCCCUCAAGUCUGAACUACCUGAAGUAUCCUCCUUCAACAUGGUAAAAUUCGACACUGCCUAUAAAUACUUUUCGUAGUUCUUGAGUUUUAAUAUGAACCUUUAAUAUGAGGAGGAGAGGAGAGGGAUAAACCGCUCGUCCCUAGACAACUACUGACUCGAGUUCAAAAGAGCAACUUGAAACUCAAGAUAUCUUAUGAUGCGUUUCCAAUGUUGUCUUUGAUAUUUAACUGAUCAUACUGAUAAUUAUAACAGUUUCAAACA